UCAGAUCCCUUGGUCUCCUCUCAGAAACUCGUCUAGGGAGCUAACCUGCUGACUUCUUACAGUGUAUCUGAAGAAUUCCUAUGCAUAUCUUUUGUGAUCUGGGUAAAUUCUUUACCAUCUGUAUCACCUUUCUUCUGUGUGCCAUUUCUUAAACAAGAUCUUUAAAGGUGGAUGUAUUUUGUCUGAAAUGUUUCCUGUGUACAGAUGAGCGGAUUGUGGAGCCUACAGACACGAACUGCCAGCCUCUUUGCUACCCCACCUCAUGCACUGUAUUUCUCAGUGCCCUGUCUUGGCUCUGUUCAUCUUCAAAGAACCUAUUAUUGUUUCUAUUAUAGAAACUGGACCAAAAAUAUACAACAAGUUCUCAACACUGGACAACAGAUGACAACAAAGUAAAGCGAUUCUAAGAGAAGGAAACAAAGGCAGUGAGCCCUUGGAUCACAAGCCACAGUGAAGGAAUUCAUGAAGUCUUGGAUGAAGAAUGGGAACACUACUGUAAAGAGAUCGUUGCCAUUCGCUUUAAAGUUCCCUCCUCUGAGGUUAGGGCACCGAAGAGAACACAAAUUCGUUCCCUUCAAGAAGCCAGGAGCCAUGGCGACCUCUGCCGAGAUUCGCUUACGCCAGGACCGCCAGAAUCCUCCCGCCAAGAUGGCCGCAGAUUUGAACUUGGCGCCGCCCACGAACCACGCCUCUUGGGCGUGUUCGGAUGACGUCACGGACACGGUACACGUCAGAAGUCGGCGCGGGCGACCGACACUUUGGACCCGGCCAAGAGUGGCGAGUGCUGUUUAUCAGAAUUACCAUGAGCAAGCGGAACCAGGUGUCGUAUGUGCGGCCCGCAGAGCCCGCCUUCCUGUCCCGCUUCAAAGAGCGAGUCGGCUACAGGGAGGGGCCCACCGUAGAGACCAAGAAAAUCCAGCCUCAGCUUCCAGAUGAGGACGGCAAUGAAAGCGACAAAGAAGAUGAACAGCCUCAAGUAGUGGUUUUAAAAAAGGGAGACCUCACAGCUGAAGAAGUCAUGAAAAUUAAAGCAGAAAUAAAGGCUGCCAAAGCAGAUGAAGAACCACCUCCAGCUGACGGAAGAAUCAUGUAUCGAAAACCAGUUAAACGUUCCUCAGAUGAGAAGUGUUCGGGCCUAACAGCAAGCUCCAAAAAGAAGAAAACAAAUGAAGAUGAUGUAAACAAGCAAAGUCCAGUUAGAAAGAACUCACAAAAACAAAUAAAAAAUAGCAGCCUCCUUUCCUUUGGCAGUGAAGAUGAAAAUGAGUAAAUAUAGACACUGUGGACUUGGUUUCCUUGUGGACCUUGGUAACGGGGUGAUUUUUAAAAUAUUACUUUUCUUCUAUCUUCAAGCACUAGUACUUCAGCUUCGUUACAGAAAAAUUCAGAAAUAUAGGAAAUGGUUUCAUGAAAUAAACCCGUCCAUCACUGCCCCUCUGUUUGGAAAUACCAGACACUCACUACUGCUAACAUUUUAUUACCUCCCACCUAUGGUAUGUAUAUAUGUAUAUUGCUUUUUAAAACAAAACUGAGAUUGUUAUAUA